GGGCGGGCCCCGCCCCCGUCCCCGGCGGGGCCUUAGCAGAGGCUGCCGCAGCUCCAAAGCUGAGCAACUAGCCGGGCGUCUGCUGGAGCCGAGCGUGGUGAGGUAGAGUUGUUGGCAGAAAUCCUGGGAUAAGAGAACCGUUUCCUGGAAAGUCUGUGCCUCCAACCAGCAGAGAGGGAUUGAGCUUCAUUGCACUCAACAGAGCCAGCAUUUCAUAGUACCAUGUUCAAGAGGAGGUUGAAGUGGCAUGGCAAUGGUUAGAGACUCUGCUGGACGUGAACACCCUCUGACUACCUAGGGACCUGUGGGCCUGCCACUUGGUGCCCUCAUGGAGACAAGAAACUCUGGGUUGAACAACAUGAAGCCCCAGUCACUGCAGCUGGUACUGGAAGAGCAGGUGCUGGCACUACAGCAGCAGAUGACAGAGAAUCAGGCAGCCUCCUGGCGGAAGCUGAAGAACUCCCAGGAGGCCCAGCAGAGACAAGCAACCCUUGUGAGGAAGCUGCAGGCCAAGGUGCUGCAGUACCGGAGCUGGUGCCAAGAGCUGGAGAAGCGGCUGGAAGCCACUGGAGGACCAAUCCCCCAGAGGUGGGAAAAUGUGGAGGAGCCAAACCUGGAUGAGCUGCUGGUCCGACUGGAGGAGGAGCAACAGAGUGCAGGUGUGAGAGUCUAGCAGAGGUGAACACCCAGCUUCGACUGAACAUGGAAAAAGCUGACGUGGUGAAUAAAGCCCUUAGGGAAGAUGUGGAAAAAUUGACAGUGGACUGGAGCCGGGCCCGGGAUGAGCUAAUGAGGAAGGAGAGUCAGUGGCGGAUGGAGCAGGAGUUCUUCAAGGGCUACCUGAAAGGGGAGCACGGUCGCCUUCUCAGUCUAUGGCGGGAGGUGGUGACAUUCCGACGCCACUUCCUGGAAAUGAAGUCAGCUACUGACAGAGAUUUGACGGAGCUAAAAGCUGAGCAUGUGAGGCUUUCAGGGUCCCUGUUGACCUGUUGUCUGCGCUUGACUGUGGGAGCACAGUCUCGGGAACCCAACGGAUCUGGAAGAAUGGAUGGGCGGGAGCCAGCCCAGCUGCUGCUGCUACUAGCCAAGACCCAGGAGCUGGAGAAGGAAGCCCAUGAAAGGAGCCAGGAGUUAAUACAGCUGAAGAGUCAAGGGGAUCUGGAGAAGGCUGAACUUCAGGACCGAGUCAGAACCUCGGGCUGGAGGGACCUUGGGACUAUCCCAUGUGCAAUUCUGAUGUUCUUAUUGGCUUCAGGGUGCUUGACUUCAAGAUCAAGCGAGGCCUGGAAGGGCCUGGGCCAGGGCUUUCCUUCAGCUCUCGGGCCCCCAAACACGUGUUCCAGCCUUGAGAUGUGGGUGACUGAGCUCUCUGCUCUGCUGACCCAGGCUCAGAAGCAAAAUGAAGAUUAUGAAAAGAUGGUAAAGGCUCUGAGAGAGACAGUGGAGAUCCUGGAGACAAAUCACACAGAAUUAAUGGAACAUGAAGCAUCCCUUAGUAGGAAUGCCCAAGAGGAGAAGUUGUCUUUACAGCAGGUGAUCAAGGAUAUAACCCAGGUCAUGGUGGAAGAAGGGGACAAUAUAGCCCAAGGCUCUGAUCAUGAGAACUCUUUGGAAUUGGACUCUAGUAUCGUUUGCCAGUUUGAUUACCAGGAUCCAGACAAGGCUGUUACUCUGGUGCGUUCAGUGCUGACUCGGAGACGCCAGGCUGUGCAGGACCUAAGGCAGCAGCUUGCAGGCUGUCAAGAGGCUAUGAACUUGUUGCAACAGCAGCAUGAUCAGUGGGAGGAAGAGGGCAAAGCCUUGAGACAGCGGCUGCAGAAGCUUACUGGGGAGCGAGACACUCUGGCAGGGCAGACUGUGGACCUCCAGGGAGAGGUGGACUCUCUCAGCAAGGAGCGAGAGCUGCUGCAGAAGGCCAGGGAAGAGCUGCGGCAGCAGCUGGAGGUGCUAGAGCAGGAGGCAUGGCGCCUGCGAAGGGCAAAUGUGGAGCUUCAGCUGCAGGGGGACUCUGCCCAGGGCCAGAAGGAGGAACAGCAGGAGGAGCUGCACCUGGCUGUCCGGGAGAGGGCGCGUCUUCAGGAGACGCUGGUGGGCCUGGAAGCCAAACAGUCAGAAUCACUCAGUGAACUGAUCACUCUUCGGGAAGCCCUGGAGUCAAGUCGCCUGGAAGGGGAGUUACUGAGGCAAGAGCAAACGGAAGUGACCGCAGCGCUGGCUAGGGCAGAGCAGUCAAUUGCAGAGCUGUCGAGUUCUGAAAACACCCUGAAGACAGAAGUAGCUGAUCUUCGGGCUGCAGCUGUCAAGCUCAGUGCCUUAAAUGAGGCUUUGGCCUUAGAUAAAGUUGGGCUGAACCAGCAGCUUCUCCAGUUAGAGGAGGAGAACCAGUCUGUGUGCAGCAGAAUGGAGGCCGCAGAGCAGAUGAGGAACGCUUUGCAGGUAGACCUGGCGGAGGCAGAGAAGAGGAGGGAAGCCCUGUGGGAAAAGAACACUCACCUGGAGGUUCAGCUGCAGAAAGCUGAGGAGGCUGGGGCUGAGCUGCAGGCAGAUCUCAGGGGCAUCCAAGAAGAGAAGGAAGAAAUUCAAAAGAAACUAAGCGAGUCACAUCACCAGCAGGAGGCAGCCACGACUCAGCUGGAGCAGCUACAUCAGGAGGCAAAGCGACAGGAAGAAGUGCUUGCCAGGGCAGUCCAGGAGAAGGAGGCCCUAGUACGAGAGAAAGCGGCUCUGGAGGUGCGGCUGCAGGCUGUGGAGCGUGACCGGCAGGACCUCGCUGAACAACUCCAGGGGCUCAGCUCAGCCAAGGAGCUACUAGAGAGCAGUCUGUUUGAAGCCCAACAACAAAAUUCUGUGAUAGAGGUCACCAAGGGGCAGCUGGAGGUCCAGAUUCAAACUGUCACUCAAGCCAAGGAAGUAAUCCAAGGGGAAGUGAGGUGCCUGAAGCUUGAACUGGACACUGAACGGAGCCAGGCAGAGCAGGAGCGGGAUGCUGCAGCCAGACAGCUGGCCCGGGCUGAGCAAGAAGGGAAGACUGCCUUGGAGCAGCAGAAGGCAGCCCAUGAGGAGGAGGUGAACCGGCUCCGGGAGAAAUGGGAGAAGGAGCGCUCCUGGCACCAGCAGGAGCUGGCGAAGGCUCUGGAGAGCUUAGAGAGGGAAAAAAUGGAGCUUGAAGUGAGGCUAAAGGAGCAGCAGACAGAAAUGGAGGCCAUCCAGGCCCAGAGGGAAGAAGAACGAACCCAGGCAGAGAGUGCCCUAUGCCAGAUGCAGCUGGAAACAGAGAAAGAGAGAGUAUCCCUCCUGGAGACACUGCUGCAGACCCAGAAGGAGCUAGCAGAUGCCAGCCAACAACUGGAACGGCUGAGGCAGGACAUGAAAGUCCAGAAGUUAAAGGAGCAGGAGACCACUGGAAUGCUACAGACCCAGCUCCAGGAGGCUCAGCGGGAGCUGAAGGAGGCAACCCAGCAGCACAGAGAUGACCUUGCUGCCCUCCAAGAAGAGAGCAGCUCCCUGCUACAGGAUAAGAUGGACCUGCAGAAGCAGGUAGAGGACUUGAAGUCUCAGCUGGUGGCUCAGGAUGACUCCCAGAGGCUGGUGGAGCAAGAGGUUCAGGAGAAGCUGAGAGAGACCCAGGAGUAUAACCGAAUUCAGAAGGAACUGGAGAGAGAGAAGGCCAGUCUGACUCUGUCACUGAUGGAAAAGGAACAGAGACUCCUUGUUUUACAAGAAGCUGACUCUAUUCAACAACAAGAGCUGAGCGCCCUGCGCCAGGACAUGCAGGAGGCCCAGGGAGAACAGAAAGAGCUCAGUGCCCAGAUGGAAUUACUAAGACAAGAGGUGAAGGAAAAGGAGGCUGACUUUCUGGCCCAGGAAACACAGCUGCUGGAGGAGCUGGGGGCAUCUCGUAUCACGGAGCAGCAGCUGCGAGCUUCCUUGUGGGCCCAGGAAGCCAAGGCAGCCCAACUACAGCUGCGACUGCGCAGCACAGAGAGCCAGCUAGAAGCACUGGCCACAGAGCAGCAGCCCGGGAACCAGGCCCAGGCCCAGCUGGCCAGCCUCUACUCUGUCCUGCAGCAGGCCCUGGGGUCUGUUUGUGAGAGCAGGCCUGAGCUGAGUGGUGGGGGAGACUCUGCUCCUUCCCUCUGGGUCCUUGAGCCAGACCAGAAUGGAGCUAGGAGCCUCUUUAAGAGAGGGCCCCUGCUGACUGCUCUCUCCACUGAGGCAGUAGCAUCUGCCCUCCACAAGCUUCAUCAAGACCUGUGGAAGACUCAACAGACCCGGGAUGUUCUGAGGGAUCAGGUCCAGAAACUGGAAGAGCGUCUAACUGAUACUGAGGCUGAGAAGAGCCAGGUCCACACAGAGUUGCAGGAUCUGCAGAGACAGCUCUCCCAGAAUCAGGAAGAGAAAUCCAAGUGGGAAGGAAAGCAGAACUCCCUAGAAUCUGAGCUGAUGGAACUACAUGAAACUAUGGCAUCCUUACAGAGUCGCCUGCGGAGAGCAGAGCUACAGCGAAUGGAAGCCCAGGGUGAGCAAGAGUUACUUCAGGCAGCCAAGGAGAACCUGACAGCCCAGGUGGAACACCUGCAAGCAGCUGUCGCAGAAGCCAGGGCUCAGGCAAGUGCUGCUGGCGUCCUGGAAGAAGACCUGAGAACGGCUCGCUCAGCACUGAAGCUGAAAAAUGAGGAGGUGGAGAGUGAGCGUGAGAGAGCCCAGGCUCUGCAAGAGCAGGGCGAGCUGAAGGUGGCCCAAGGAAAGGCUCUGCAAGAGAAUUUGGCCCUCCUGACCCAGACCCUAGCUGAAAGAGAAGGGGAGGUGGAGACUCUGCAGGGACAAAUCCAGGAACUGGAGAAGCAGCGGGAAAUGCAGAAGGCUGCUUUGGAAUUGCUGUCUCUAGACCUGAAGAAGAGGAACCAAGAGGUAGAUCUGCAGCAAGAACAGAUUCAGGAGCUAGAGAAGUGUAGGUCUGUUUUAGAGCAUCUGCCUAUGGCCGUCCAGGAGCGAGAGCAGAAGCUAACUGUGCAGAGGGAGCAGAUCAGAGAGCUCGAGAAGGAUCGGGAGACUCAGAGGAGUGUCUUGGAGCAUCAGCUUCUAGAACUUGAGAAGAAAGACCAAAUGAUUGAGUCCCAGAGAGGACAGGUUCAGGAUCUGAAAAAGCAGUUGGUUACUCUGGAAUGCCUGGUCCUGGAACUGGAGGAAAACCAUCACAAGAUGGAAUGCCAGCAAAAACUGAUCAAGGAGCUGGAGGGCCAGAGGGAAACCCAGAGAGUGGCUUUGACCCACCUUACGCUGGACCUAGAAGAAAGGAGCCAAGAGCUGCAGGCACAAAGUAGCCAGAUCCAUGACCUGGAGAGCCACAGCACCCUUCUGGCAAGAGAGCUGCAGGAGAGGGACCAGGAGGUGAAGUCUCAGCGAGAACAGAUCGAGGAGCUGCAGAGGCAGAAAGAGCAUCUGACUCAGGAUCUCGAGAGAAGAGACCAGGAGCUGAUGCUGCAGAAGGAGAGGAUUCAGGUUCUCGAGGAUCAAAGGACCCGGCAGACCAAGAUCCUGGAGGAGGACCUGGAACAGAUCAAGCUGUCCUUGAGAGAGCGAGGCCGGGAGCUGGCCACUCAGAGGCAGCUGAUGCAGGAACGGGCAGAGGAAGGGAAGGGCCCGAGUAAAGCACAACGCGGGAGCCUAGAGCACAUGAAGCUGAUCCUGCGUGAUAAGGAGAAGGAGGUGGAAUGUCAGCAGGACCAUAUCCAUGAACUCCAGGAGCUCAAGGACCAGCUGGAGCAGCAGCUCCAGGGCCUGCACAGGAAGGUAGGUGAAACCAGCCUCCUCCUGUCCCAGCGAGAGCAGGAGAUAGUGGUCCUGCAGCAGCAAUUGCAGGAAGCCAGGGAACAAGGGGAGCUGAAGGAGCAGUCACUUCAGAAUCAACUGGAUGAGGCCCAGAGAGCCCUAACCCAGAGGGACCAGGAACUGGAGGCUCUGCAGCAAGAACAGCAGCAGGCCCAGGGACAGGAGGAGAGUGUGAAGGAAAAGGCAAACGCCCUCCAGGGAGCUCUGGAGCAUGCCCAUAUGACACUGAAGGAGCGUCAGGGAGAGCUUCAGGACCACAAGGAACAGGCACGAAGGCUCGAGGAAGAGCUGGUAGUGGAGGGACGGCGGGUCCAGGCCCUGGAGGAGGUGUUGGGAGACCUCAGGACUGAGUCUCGGGAGCAGGAGAAAGCUCUGUUGGCCCUCCAGCAGCAGUGUGCUGAGCAGGCACAGGAGCACGAGGUGGAGACCAGGGCUCUGCAGGACAGCUGGCUACAGGUCCAGGCGGUGCUCAAGGAACGGGACCAGGAGCUGGAAGCUCUGCGGGCAGAAAGUCAGUCCUCCCGGCAUCAGGAGGAGGCUGCCCUGGCCCGGGUUGAGGCUCUGCAGGAGGCCCUUGGCAAGGCUCAUGCUGCCCUGCAGAGGAAAGAGCAGCAUCUACUUGAGCAGGCAGAAUUGAGCCGCAGUCUAGAGGCCAGCACUGCCACCCUGCAAGCCGCCCUGGAUGCCUGCCAGGCACACACUCAGCAGCUGGAAGAGGCCCUGAGGACGCGAGAAGGUGAGAUCCAGGACCAGGAUCUCCGAUACCAGGAGGAUGUGCAGCAGCUGCAGCAGGCACUUGCCCAGAGGGAUGAAGAACUGAGACAUCAGCAGGAACAGGGGCAGCUGCUAGAGAAGUCUCUGGCCCAGAGGGUCCAAGAGAAUAUGAUCCAAGAGAAGCAGAAUCUAGGGCAGGAGAGAGAAGAGGAGGAGAUAAGGGGCCUUCGUCAGAGUCUAAGGGAGCUACAGCUGACUCUAGCCCAAAAGGAACAGGAGAUCCUGGAGCUGAGGGAGACCCAGCAAAGAAACAACCCGGAAGCCUUACCCCACAGCCACAGAGCCUCCCCAGUGGAGGAACAGUCUCCAAAACUUGAUUCUUUAGAGCCCAGGCUGCAGCGGGAGCUGGAGCGGCUACAGGCAGCCCUGAGACAGACAGAAGCCAGGGAGAUUGAGUGGAGGGAGAAGGCCCAGGACUUGGCACUGUCCCUAGCGCAGACCAAGGCCAGUGUCAGCAGUCUGCAGGAGGUAGCCAUGUUCCUACAAGCCUCUGUCCUGGAGCGGGACUCAGAACAGCAAAGGCUGCAGGAUGAACUGGAGCUCACCAGACGGGCUCUGGAGGAGCGGCUACACAGCCCAGGUGCGACCAGCACAGCAGAACAGGGGUCCAGAGGGGAGCAGGGCAUGCAUCUGGGAGAGGUCUCAGGAGUAGAGGCUGAGCCUAGUCCUGCUGGAAUGGAGGAGAAGCAGUCAUGGAGACAAAGGCUUGAACACCUACAGCAAGUGGUGGCCCGGCUGGAGAUUGACAGGAGCAGGCUGCAGCGCCACAAUGUCCAGCUGCGGAGCACCUUAGAGCAGGUGGAGCGAGAACGGAGAAAGCUGAAGAGGGAGGCCAUGCGUGCAGCCCAGGCAGGGUCCCUGGAGAUCAGCAAGGCCAUGACUUCUUCACCCACACAGCAGGAUGGGAGAGGAGGACAGAAGAACUCAGAUGCCAAGUAUGUGGCUGCACUGCAGAAAGAGGUGGCCCUGCUACGAGCUCAACUGACUUUGGAGCGGAAGCAGAAGCAGGACUACAUCGCCCGCUCAGUACAGACCAGCCGUGAGCUAGCGGGCCUGCACCACAGCCUCUCACACUCACUUCUCGCUGUGGCCCAGGCCCCUGAGGCCACUGUCCUGGAGGCAGAGACCCGCAGGCUGGAUGAGUCCCUGACUCAAAGUCUGACAUCCCCAGGGCCAGUCCUGCUACACCCCAGCCCCAGCACUACCCAAGGCACUUCCAGGUAGUAGCCGCAGCCAGGAGCACACAGACAGAAGACUGUACUGUGGGUCACGGCCCCUCUACACGCCUACAGGCUUGCCAAAGGAAAAGCCUGGCUCUGUUAGGCACCCAGGCGCCCCAGGUCAGCGGGUAUUCCCAGGAAGAGGAAGUAAAUCUGCAACACUUGGGAGGGCCCCAACUCACCUGGGAAUGAGGCAGAUUGCAUUUGCUUGCUCCCUAAUGGAAUCACCCAGAGGAGUGCCUUGCCCUGGCUGAGGGACAUCUACUGCCUCUCAUCUAGAAUUUAUUUUCCUAGCACUUCACCACCUCCUUCAACUUCCCCUUCAACAAUAAACCCGGGGAUCUUUCCAUUA